CUGCUUGCAAGAUGGCGGCGUCUAUCAGGAAGUGAAGGAAACAACUGAAAAUAAAAGUUGGACCAAAUUCCUUGUUUUGGUCCAUUUAAAGCAAUAAUUCGAUUGAAAACAUAACUGCAAACGGACCUUGUAUUCAGAAUAAGAAACACAUUCGUGGGGAUGGAGUGGGCCUUGGUAUAAGCUCUGUAGGACACAGCCAGCAUACGUACGUGAAGGUCAAAGGUCAUGUGUCAGCCUGCAACCUGAUGCCCAGCCUCCCAUCACCCUCACCGGCCAUGGACGGGGAGAACUACCUGCACCCAGAGGGGCCACAGCUGGACAGCAGCAUUUUCGAAGUUGCCUCUUCCAAUAUGGAGAGUUAUCUGUAUCCCUCUGGUUCCUGGGCAUCAUUUUCACAGCAGUCUGGAGGCUACAACGCACACUGCCCUAUGCAAUCUGGAAACCAGCAAUACCACUUGAAUGCUCCCAUGCCCGAUUUGGACAUGUUCAGCCAUUCAGGGUUCCAUGACGAUUUCCUCAACCUCCCCAGGAACGGAGACUUCCCUCAGAACCUGUCCUGCAUCGAUGACCUCUCCAACUCUCUGUUCUCCUCUCCGGCCGACUCGCUGUCAGACUACACCGAUGCCCAGGCCUUCAUCACCACAGAUAACCUGGCCCACGUGCCCACGAUAUGGGACAUAAACACACCAGCACAGAGCCAGCUGGAGCUGAAUGCCAACAGGUUUCAGGAUUUGAACAGUUUGGAGGAUAUCGCUGCCAUUAUCAGCACCCCACCUUUGGGAGGAUACCAGCAGACUCAGAGAAACCAGACUCCGGCAGAAGAGGAGGCAGAGGAGGAGGAGGAAGAGACAGAGGAGCUGGGACAUGUAGACACCUACGCUGACUACAAACCAUCCAAAUCCACCAUAGGGAUCUCCCACCCAGACAUAGUGGUGGAGACCAACACGCUGUCCAGCGUCCCUCCACCUGACAUCUCCUACACUCUGUCCAUUCCUGACUCCACCAUCAACUGUGGCCUGCUCUCUGCCCUGCAGCUGGAGGCCAUCAUAUACGCAUGCCAGCAACACGAGGUAAUUCUGCAGAACAACCAGAGAGCAGGCUUCCUGAUAGGAGACGGGGCCGGAGUAGGGAAAGGCCGCACAGUGGCUGGCAUCAUCCUGGAGAAUUACCUAAAGGGAAGGAAGAAAGCGCUAUGGUUUAGUGUAUCCAAUGACCUGAAAUACGACGCAGAGAGAGAUCUGAAAGACAUAGAUGCUCCCACCAUUCCUGUGCAUGCCUUAAACAAGAUAAAGUAUGGAGACACAGCUACCUCAGAAGGAGUCCUGUUUGCGACAUACUCUGCACUGAUCGGGGAGAGCCAAGCAGGUGGGCAGCACCGCACCAGACUCAAGCAGAUCCUGGACUGGUGCAAGCCCGGCUUUGAUGGAGUUAUUGUGUUUGACGAAUGCCACAAGGCCAAGAAUGCUACGUCCACCAAGAUGGGCAAGGCCGUGCUGGACCUGCAGCACAACCUGCCGCUGGCAAGGGUGGUUUACGCCAGUGCCACAGGUGCCUCUGAGCCAAAGAACAUGAUCUAUAUGAGCCGCCUGGGGAUCUGGGGCGAGGGUACGCCCUUCAAGACCUUUGACGACUUCCUGCACGCCAUCGAGAAGAGGGGUGUAGGCGCGAUGGAGAUUGUUGCCAUGGACAUGAAGGUGAGUGGGAUGUACAUCGCCAGGCAGCUGAGCUUCUCAGGGGUGUCCUUCCGCAUUGAGGAGAUCGGUCUGGACGACGACUUCAAACUGGUCUACAACAAAGCUGCCAAACUGUGGGCGGAGGCGCUGGCCGUGUUCAUGCGUGCAGCGGACGCGCUGUGUCUGGUCAGCAGGAAGUCCCUGUGGGGUCAGUUCUGGUCUUCCCACCAGCGCUUCUUCAAAUACCUCUGCAUCGCCGCCAAGGUUCGCUGCCUGGUGGAGCUGGCCAAGAAAGAACUGAAAGCUGGCAAGUGCAUCGUGAUUGGUCUACAGUCCACAGGAGAGGCCCGAACCAGAGAGGUCCUGGAUGAGAACGAUGGGCACUUGGACAGAUUCGUAUCUGCAGCAGAGGGUGUGUUCAAAGCUCUGGUACAGAAACACUUUCCCUCCGAGAAGCAGAGGAGAGAGAAGGCACGUGGAAACAAGAGAAAACGUAAGCCCAGGGGCCGGCAGCCCAAAUUCCCAAAGCACACCAUGGUUCAUCUGGGGGGCGUGAUCAACAUCAGUGACGACAGCAGCACGGACACGGACGGCAUGGACACCGACUCCAACUCCUCGCCAGACUCCCUGAUGGACAAUAACGAUGACGUCAUCUUCGUCCAGCACACCAGCUGUCACACAGCCAGUAUAGAGAAGAUGAAGCAGAGCCUCCUGAACAAGAUCGCUGACCUGGGAAAGGAACUACCUCUGAACACUCUGGAUGAGCUCAUAGACCAGUUUGGAGGACCAGAGAUGGUAUCGGAGAUGACGGGUCGUAAGGGUCGCGUGGUGCGACGUCCUGACGGAAGCGUGCGCUACGAGUCGCGUGCAGAGCAGAGCCAUACCAUAGACCACAUCAACCUCAAGGAGAAGGACCGCUUCAUGUGUGGAGAGAAGAUGGUGGCCAUCAUCUCAGAGGCAGCCAGCUCGGGCAUUUCCUUGCAGGCAGACAAGCGGGUGAAGAACCAGCGUCGGAGGGUUCACAUAACCCUAGAGCUGCCCUGGAGUGCAGACAGAGCCAUCCAGCAGUUUGGUCGUACCCAUCGCUCUAACCAGGUGACGGCUCCAGAGUACAUCUUCCUCAUCUCUGAGCUGGCCGGGGAAAGACGCUUUGCCUCCAUUGUGGCCAAGAGACUGGAGAGCCUGGGUGCAUUGACCCACGGUGACAGGAGAGCCACAGAGUCCAGAGACCUGAGCAAAUACAACUUUGAAAACAAGUACGGUACCAAGGCUCUGGAUAAGAUCACCAAAGCCAUCCUGGGCCACAUCGAGAGCAAGGUGUCCCCUCCCAAAGGUUACCCCGGGGGUGAUGCUCUGUUCUUCAGAGACAUGAAGCAUGGCAUGAUGGACGUGGGUAUCUUCUGCAAGGAGCCACGGUUUGGUCUCAGCACUGAGAAAGACUGCAGCAUCACCAAGUUCCUCAACAGGAUCCUGGGCCUGGAGGUCCACAAGCAGAACUCUCUGUUCCAGUACUUCACCGACAACUUUGACUACCUGAUCGAGAAGGACAAAAAGGAGGGCAAAUACGACAUGGGAAUCCUAGAUCUGGCCCCAGGUAACGAUGAAAUCUACGAGGAGAAGCAAGAGACCUUCAUGACAGUGGGAAACCCCCAGGACGGACAGGUCGUGCUCUACAAGAUCAGCGUGGACAGAGGUAUGCCCUGGGAGGAGGCCUAUGAGAAGGUCCAGAACCUCAACAGUCCUGACGAGGGCUUCUACCUCUCACACAAGUUGCGGGGGAACCACCCGUGUGUGCUGCUGGCGGAGCAGGGCCGAGGGAGGAACUUCAUCGUCUACAAGCCCAACAUCGGGAAGCAGGCCCACCCAGAGAGCCUGGACAACCUGCAGCUACGCUACCGCAAGGUGACUCCAGACCAAGCCAAGGACAGCUGGGAGAGCCAGUUCAACUUCUCCUUUGGGAAAUGUAGCCAUGCUAACUGGAAUGGGAAGUGUAAGAAGAUCGAGGAGGGUCAGGAGUGUCUGCAAGGAAUGCGUCUGCGCCAGUACCACAUGCUGUGUGGUGCGCUACUGCGCGUCUGGAAGUAUGUGGCUGACGUGGUCUCUGACAUCACCUGCUCCAGCAUCCUUCAGAUCGUACGCCUCAAAACCAAAAAUAGUAACAAGCAAGUCGGUAUCAAGAUCCCAGAGAACUGUGUGGCCCGAGUGCGGCAGGAACUUCUCAAAAUGGACGAGGAGGUGAAGAGAAGGCGCAAGGAUAAGGAGCAGCAGCGCGCCCAGGAGCAGCAGCGCGCCCAGGAGCAGCGGCUAGCCGAGGAGCGGCAGCUUCAGAACCAACACCUGCUGGCCAAGCUUUACAGCCAGAGACAGACCCUGAACCACAGCUUCAACAACCAGAACUUGUCGCAGGGCCUCAAGACCCAGCACCUGAGCCUGGCCCAGGCCAAUCCUCUACAGGUCAAGCCUCUACUCCAGCCCAAACCUUCACAGCUCAAACCCCAGCUCGGUCCAGUCAACCAGCUCCCCAGCAUGGCCAGCCCCACCUCCCACUUCUCCAAUUUCCCCCACCACUUCCCCUCCCUGCACCUCCUGCAGCCCAACCCCUCCUCCUCCUCCAUGCCUCCUCGGACCAGGGAGGAGGUCUUAGACCUGACGGUGAGCCCCUCUCCCUCCCCAGACAGCAAAGAGAGAGGCCUAGUCCUCGACUGCCUGACCAGAGACGGCUUUGGCCUGGACUCUCUGAUAUUGCUGAGCGAGCUAGCAGCCCAGAACACUGCACACAAACUGCAGCAACCUCUACAGCCACUGCCAUCACUGACAAAGCCACAGCAGCUACUGUCGCCACAGCAGAUACAACCACAGCUACAGUCGCCACAGCAGAUACAUCCACAGCUACAGUCGCCACAGCAGAUACACCCACAGCUACAGUCACCACAGCAGAUACAAACACAGCUACAGUCGCCACAGCAGAUACAACUACAGUCGCCACAGCAGAUACAACCACAGCUACAGUUGCCACAGCAGAUACAACCACAGCUGCAGUCGCCACAGCAGAUACAACCACAGCUGCAGUCACCACAGCAGAUACAACCACAGCAACGGUUGGACAGUCCGACUCUAAUCAACAGCGACCACCAGGACUACUAUGACAUCCUCAAACUGCUGGAAGAUCCAGACCAUCUGCCUUACUCUCUGUCUAGCCAGACAACUACUAACCCCUCCACUUCCUCCAACACAGUGGCUCAAGUCUCGUCCGGCCUCCUCUCUUCCCCCUCUACCCCCUCCUCCUCUCUCUUCUCUCCUUCGGCCCUGGCCCCCUCAGAACAGCAACCGCUCCCUCUGGCCAACGGCCACUGCAGCACGGACGCCCUCAUUAAUGUGCGCGAAGUGCUGGACAACAUGCUGCGGACCAGCGCAGACCGGCAGACGGUUAUCCAUUACCGACUGCCUGAAUGGGACUCUGUGUAACCACAUCAUCAGUGUGGCUGUCUGAAUGGGACUCUGUGUAACCACCUCAUCAGUGUGGCUGUCUGAAUGGGACUCUGUGUAACCACAUCAUCAGUGUGGCUGUCUGAAUGGGACUCUGUGUAACCACAACAUCAGUGUGGCUGUCUGAAUGGGAUUCUGUGUAACCACAUCAUCAGUGUGGCUGUCUGAAUGGGAUUCUGUGUAACCACAUCAUCAGUGUGGCUGUCUGAAUGGGAUUCUGUGUAACCACCUUGUCAGUGUGGCUGUCUGAAUGGGACUCUGUGUAACCACCUUGUCAGUGUGGCUGUCUGAAUGGGACUCUGUGUAACCACAUCAUCAGUGUGGCUGUCUGAAUGGGACUCUGUGUAACCACAUCUUGUCAGUGUGGCUGUCUGAAUGGGACUCUGUGUAACCACCUUGUCAGUGUGGCUGUCUGUGUCCUCUAGCUGCUGAGUGUGAACGCAAGCCUCAUCCCCUCUCCCCUCAGGACCUAGUCACAUCACUGCCUGUCCUGUGCUCUUCUCCUCCUUAACCCUCCCAGGCACUGGAUCCACAGGCCAGGGUCACUUUCACUAGACCAAAUGUGUGGUCCCGUUCAGAGAUGGUAAACAUACGACCCAGGUGGAACUGGCCCGGUCACUUCGCUGAGAGAGAGAGAGCAAAUGGUCUAGACGGCGUUUCUACACCAAGGCUUGACUCAUUGAAGAAACACAAUUCCAACAGGGUUUGAUUAUGUUUCUAUAACUAUCAAAAGCUCAUGUGCUUUAAAAAAAAAUCUAACCUUGUUGCAAUUGUUUUUUGUUUUUUAUUGAGGAAACCUUCAUUUAGAAAUAUUUUUCUAUAACCACAGCUAGUCGCUACUGGUUAUGUUGGGUUUCACUGGUAACAUUGCGGGAUUCAAACUGCCUUUCAUGCACAUCUGUAUGCUUUUCUGCGUUGUCCUGUAAUUCUCUUCAUCGCCAUUGCAUCGACUUGGUUUGUUAAAACCAAGGGCUCUACUCAAAAACAUAAAACUGGAAAAAUUGACAAUGUUUCAGUUUUGGCUCCUUCUUCUCCCUCACUCUGCUGUUUCUACCAUCACUCUCUCUAGUGUCCCGUGUGAAAAAAGAAAGGGGUCAGCCGUUGUAACAGUGCCUUUGGAAACCUACUUAAAUGCAGUCUUUGAAACCCAUAUAGGCCUAAUGUAUAGAUUUGUACUGGAAGCAUAGGUAUGUUAAUUUAUUCUAUUUGUAUUUAACUUAACCCUCCUCGGCCCUCUGUUGGCUUUAUGCUGGUGGCAGGUGCCAGGGGUCGUCCCCACGAUCCCAGUAUGUGUAUGUCUGUCUGUGUGUGGACCCUAUAGCUGUCCCUUCAGCACGUCUGUUCUGUGUGGAACCCUGCUUUCCCAGGCCAUGUUAUAGACAGAGAGCAGGGGUUAGAUGGGAUGGACACUGCUGAUGUGAUGCAAUUUAAAAUGGUGUCAUAUCCUACUUUUAGUCUACUUACCAUUCAUCCAACGGUGACUCCUGGGUUGCUUUUGAUUUGAAGUUCUCAGGAAUGUGCAUUUGUUGUUUUGUUUAACUUUCAGACCAACACUGAUAUGAGCAUUUGUUUUAGCUUAUAACUUUAGCAUAUAUAUAUGCUAAAACAAAUAAUAAAUAUAUAUAAUACAAACAGUGCCUUUGGAAAGUAUACAGAUCCCUUGACUUUUUCCACAUUUUGUUACGUUACAGCCUUAUUCUAAAAUCUAUUACAUU